UUGACAGUAAAGGCUGCAGAGUCGAAAUGUAGUUUCUCACAGAAGGAGAACCCAGCACAGUGCAGCAUUAGUGUUUCAAGCUUCCUGUGUACUGUAGGAUCCCCGAACGCAGUGACCAUGAAGUUUGAGAAUAUCCUGGAGGAAAUUGACGGUUUUGGACCUUUCCAAAUCAGCAUCAUCAUCCUGCUGUUCAUCCCUCGUAUAGUUCUGCCCUGUCACUUCCUGCUGAACAACUUCAUCGCUGGUGUGCCUCCUCACCACUGUGAUAUCAACAAACUCGGUGACGGUGGACUCUUCGGGAAUUUAACUCAGGAGCAGAGGCUGACCGUCAGCGUGCCCAUGCGAGAAGAUGGAAACCCCAAAUCCUGCGAGAUGUUUGCAGAGCCGCAGUUUCAGCUCUUGGCCAACAGCUCCAGCAGCGCUGACCUGCCAACAGUUGGGUGUCAGAGCGGAUGGGUUUAUGACAACUCCACCUUCACUUCCACCCUGGCAACAGAGUGGGACCUGGUCUGUGAUAGAAAAAGUCUGACAAAAACCACAGGCACAAUCUUCUUCUUCGGAGUGAUGACCGGGGCCAUAGCCUUUGGAUACCUCUGUGAUAAGUUUGGGAGGAAAAGCACUCUUCUGGCCUCGUACCUCAUGACCAUAGUGUUUGGCUUCUCCAGUGCAUUUGCAAACUCCUACAUUCUGUUUACAGUGUUGAGAUUUCUCACUGGGGUUGGACUGACAGGAAUGUCCAUCAACUCGAUAGUGCUCAGCAUUGAGUGGGUCGACACAGGUCACAGGUCGUUCAUCGGUGUGAUCGGCAGCCUGGCCUGGUCGGUCGGUAACAUGCUGCUGGCUGGAUUUGCCUUCCUGAUAACUGACUGGCGGCCUCUGAUCAUGGCGGUCACAGCCCCGCUAGGACUUGCAGUUUUGACCUGGUGGUGGAUUCCUGAAUCUGCUCGAUGGCUUUUAGCCAACGGCAAAGUGGAAAAAGCUCAGUAUUACCUUGACAGAUGUGCAAAGUUCAACACAAAAGAAAAACUGUCAUCCAAAUUGAAACUAGAGACGUUUAACAGCACUGAAAUUCUGGGAGAGCAGGACAAAAACUACACUUACCUUGAUCUCAUCAAGACCCCGAAGAUGAGACAGUUGACUCUGCUGACUGGGAUUGUGUGGUAUGGAGUCGCCUCAACGUAUUAUGGAAUCAGUCUGAACAUCAGUGGAUUCGGUCUGAACAUUUACCUAACACACUUCAUCUAUGCUGCCAUCGAAGUCCCUGCCAAGCUGAUGAUCUACUGCUUCCUCGACAUCAUUGGACGGAGGAAGUGCCAGGCUGGGACGCUGUUACUGACAGGAUGCUGCAUCGCCAUAAACAUCUUUAUACCGAAAGGUCUGUGGCAUGUGCGUGCUGCCGUUGCCAUUCUUGGAAAAGGCCUAUCAGAAGCUGCUUUCACAACUAUCUUCCUCUACACGACGGAGCUCUACCCCACAGUCGUCAGACAAAAUGGUGUGGGCUACACGAGCUUCAUGAGUCGUCUGGGAGUAUCUUUGGCUCCGCUCAUCCUGCUGCUGGAGGACGUGUGGAUUCUUCUGCCUCAGAUCAUCAUCUGCUCUGUGGCCAUCAUCUCCGGCCUGGUGGCUCUGCUGCUUCCAGAGACACUCAACAUCAGGCUGCCAGAGACGAUUGAUGACAUUGAAAAGCCACGAAAAAAUGACGGCUCCCCUGAAUUCGUGGAGUUGUCAAGAGUCAAAGAUCUCAACUGACACCAAGCAGUGAAGAGACGAGUAAAACGAGGAACCUGUGCUGCUACGACCACACUGCCUUUUUUACAAACAUGAGCAGUGGAAGAGUGCAUGGUCUUAUGGUAUAUAAAACAUCUUUGUCUUUCCUGAUAUGUAAGAAAAAUCCAGGUCAAAGUCUUCUGUUGUUCGUAAACGUCACGAUACAGUUGAAGAUCAUUUAUUUAUGGGCACAAAAUGCAGUAAUUACACCUGUCGCUGGUUUAUCUACACAUGGCUUUUAAAGUCUUUUAAUCAACUAACUCGCUUUUACUACUGACAUCUUCUGUAUUACUCUUUCUGUUUUUAAAAUGUCUUGGGUCUUCCAUUAAUUGUAUUAAUUGUAUUCCAUACAAUGUUUGCUGAAGUACAGGGUAGAAUAAACUUUGAGUUCAAUAACAUAUUUGAUUACUGUAUAUUCAAAUAAAGUGCAUGCAACAGAAUACAAGUAACAAGACUUGUCAGAGUGCAAAUUUCACACAAUUCACAGCAGUUGAAUCAUCAUUCAAUCCAUUUUAAAUGUGCAGACAUUCACUA